AUGAGCGAUGGCAGGAUCGCGAUUGUAGGCAUGGCCUGCCGCUUCGCCGGUGAUGCUACGAGCCCAACGAAACUAUGGGAGAUGCUGCAGAGUUCACAGACAGCAUGGAGCGGCGUGCCAACAUCGCGUUUCAAUGCAGCAGCGUUUCAGCACCCGAACCGGGAGAGGGGCGAUUCCACCAAUGUGAGCAGCGGGCAUUUCCUGAAGCAGGACGUUGCGCACUUUGACAAGAACUUCUUCGGCUUGUCCACCGAAGUUGCCAAGAGUAUGGACCCUCAACAGCGCAUGACUCUCGAGGUCGUAUACGAGGCCGCGGAGAGUGCGGGAAUCACACUAGAUCAGCUUGCUGGGUCCAAUACUUCUGUCUUCGCCGGACUCAUGCAACGAGAUUACCACGAUGGCCUCCUGCGCGACCCCGAUCGCCUGCYUUCAACAUUCAACGCCACCAAUGCGGCUGCAAUGGCGUCAAAUCGCGUGUCACAUUUCUAUGACCUCCGUGGACCUAGCAUGACUGUUGAUACAGCUUGCUCAACGACCUUGACAGCCGUGCAUCUGGCCUGCGCAAGCCUACGGAGUGGCGAGUCUGAUGCUUCGAUUGUGACCGGGACCAACUUGAUGCUCAAUCCGGAGUUUUUUGUCACCAUGUCGAAUGUCGGCUUCCUCUCCCCGGAUGGCAAGUCUUAUGCCUUUGAUGAGCGUGCCAAUGGCUAUGGUCGCGGGGAAGGCAUCGCGGCCAUUAUGUUGAAGCCUCUAGCAGAUGCCAUCGCUGCUAAUGAUCCCAUCCAAGCCGUCAUCUGCGCAACCGCCCUCAAUCAAGACGGGAAAACAGCAACAAUCACCCGUCCGAGCUCUGAAGCACAGCAAGCGCUGAUCGAAACCUGCUAUCGGCGGGCCAAUCUGGACAUGAAAGACACGGGAUACGUGGAAGCUCACGGUACCGGAACUCCCACAGGGGACCCCCUCGAACUCAAGGCCAUUGCCAACACAAUUGGCGCGGCAAGAAGCUCCGCCUCCUUGCCGCUCUGGCUGGGAUCCAUCAAGUCGCAUAUUGGACACUGCGAGGCUGCCAGUGGACUUGCGAGCAUAAUAAAAGUCGCACUGUCCUUGAAAGCGGGCAUCAUUCCCCGAACGGCCGAGUUUGCUGACAUGAGCAGAGCGUGUAGUAAUGUCGCAGGACAUGCCUUGGUUCCCCGGGAAAGCGUCAAGUGGCCCGAACAAGAUUGCAUACGUCGAGCAUCGAUUAAUAAUUUCGGAUUUGGGGGCGCCAAUGCUCAUGUGAUUAUGGAGGAACCACCUGAUUUGGGUGAUGAUCAGACGACGUUAAGCUCGCCGCCGCGACGGCAGGUGUUUGUGCUGAGCGGCUUUGACGAUGACGCUCUACGCCGCACAGCAGUCCAACUGAGUCGGUAUCUCGCCCAGCAUCAGAGCAAGCAUGGCCGGCACUUGGACCUUCUUCUCCACGAUCUCGCGUACACCCUCCACCAACGCCGCUCGAGGUUUUCGUGCAUUGAUGCCGUCAGUGCAGUCACUGUAACGGAGUUGAUUCAGUCCCUAGAGCAAGUCGGAGGCUCGCCCUCCACAACAAGCAAGACAGCCUUGCGGAUUGGGUUUGUUUUCAAUGGACAAGGGGCAUCAUGGYAGGGCAUGGGCAAGGAGCUUUUCGCUACAUAUCCAGUUUUUCGCGCCAGCAUCCAAAACAUGGCUGGAUACAUGAGGGAAAUGGGGACGCAUUGGUGUCUUGAAGAGGAACUCAUGCGAGACUCAAAAUCGAGCCUUUUGGACGAGACGGAAUAUAGUCUUCCGCUCUCCAUUGCCGUCCAGGUGGCAUUGACCGACUUGUUACGUUCAUGGAAUGUGAAUCCGGCCGUUGUGACGGGACAUUCAAGUGGAGAAGUCGCUGCUGCUUAUGCUGCGCGAGCCAUUGAUGCCCGUUCCGCCAUCGCUCUAGGCUUCAUACGUGGAGCGCUGUCCCCCAGGAACGAGACCAACGUGAGGCGAGGGGCCAUGCUUGCUGUGGGACUCUCCGAAGAGGAGACACUCUUUUAUAUCACUGCGGUGGAUCGAGAGAACGUCGGUCAAGUGUGGGUCGCAUGCGUCAACAGUCACCGAAGUGUGACGGCAUCAGGGGACGCGGAUGCCAUUGCCCUAUUACAGAGCCUUCUUGACAACGAUGGGGUCUUCUGCCGUCGACUUCGGGUGCAAACGGCCUUUCAUACAGAGCACAUGGCCCCUAUCUCCUCCGAAUUCGUGGCUCAAGUACGACCGUGGCUUGUAGCAUUACCCACGGUCAUGGAUGGUGCAGAGACAGACGCGCCACCCAUCGCCUUUUAUUCUUCCGUCACCGGCCAGAAAUUCCCAGAACCCAAGGAGCUAGCUACUCCGGAAUAUUGGGACCUAAACAUGCUCUCCCAGGUAAAGUUCGACCAGGCUCUCCGCAGCAUGUGCUUCGACCGCGAGCAACAUUCGAAUCUCGAUUUUCUCGUGGAAAUUGGUCCACACAGCGCUUUAAAAGGCCCUGUUAUGGACGGGUUGAAACAAGCGAAGCUGCAGGGAGCUGAAGGUGAUAUUGGCUAUGGUAGUUGUUUAAUACGCAACGAGGAUUCCGUACAGAGCAUCCAAGGACUGAUCUGUGAGCUCAUUCGAAGAGGGCACGAGGGGAUCGAUCUCGACGCUGUCAAUACUCCCUUCCCUUCUCGAUCACCGCGACCUCUAACAGACCUUCCAUCUUACCCUUGGUCUCACGAAACGCCCUUCUGGAUCGAAGAAAGUCGCAAUAAAUCGUACCGCCAUCGCAGGGAAGCACCUCGGGAUCUUCUGGGAGUGCGUGAUGACUCUGCCGAGCCGGCAACGAAGAUUUGGCGGAACUUCCUGAAGCUCUCGGACGUGCCAUGGCUACGAGACCACGUGGUCGACGGCAAGGUUGUAUUUCCCGCCGCUGGCUAUGUCUGUAUGGCCAUCGACGCCAUCAGUCAGGCAACAAUGCAAAGAGGUGACGAUGGCGAGUUCCACAUCCGAGACGUUUCAUUCUCCCGGGGCCUCAUCGUACCUGACGACGACGGAGAUUGUCAAAUACAGCUUCAUUUGCAAGCCUGCCCAACGAAGGACUUGAAAUCAAGCGGAUGGUUUGAAUUCCAGAUCCAAUCUUGCGAGUCCAAACCGGAUGGUAUUGAUGUCUGGCGAGUCCAUUGCAGUGGGCAGAUACGAACGAAUGACCGAGAUGACGGACAACCAGUCAUCCGUCGCCGGGGAAGCAUUCCUUCUGGUGAAAAUCUCAUGGAACCCGAGGAUCUCUGGCUGAUGCUACAGCGUGUCGGAAUUCAGUACGGUCCCUCGUUCCGCGGUAUACAUGGUAUCGCCCAACAAGACUGCACUUCCGCUGGUGAAACAAAUGUAGCCCUCCGGAUCAACGACACGGCAGCGACGAUGCCGGCUGGACACGAGUCAGAGUACGUGAUGCAUCCGACUACGCUCGAUGCCACAUUGCAGGCUGCCUAUGCCGCUCUAUCCACAAUCUGCCCGGCCAACAUCAAGCAGGCAUAUCUUCCUUAUUCCAUURCCUCUAUGCGGCUGUGGUCGGGAACCCCUAGGGAUGUGGGACAUCAACUGUCGGCCGUUGUUUCCUCUGGACGACUGGAACGGAAUGCCUUCUGCGUAGACGUAGCGGUAUACGACGAUCCGUGCAGUCCCGAUACGCGGCCAGUGUUGGAAUUGAGUGGACUCGAAUUCCAUAGCCUAGCUACUACGCUCGAUUCAAAUGAUGCGGAUGCGACGGAUAAGAAAAAUGGCACCCAGCUAUUGACACAAGUCUCCUGGAAGCCCGAUGUUCAAUUCGGCAUACCAGAGAGUAUACUUUCAGGCCUAAAACACCUUACUGAUCCAGGUGAAAAGCAGACGGCGAAAGCGCUGCGCUCCGUCGCAUUGCACUACAUGUCAAAAGCAUUGGAAGUGGUCCCUCCCCAUGGCGUUUGCGGCCAGUUGCCGCACCUCACGAAAUAUCGUCAGUGGAUGGCCGACGAGCUCCAACUUACUCCUCCACCAACCCUCAUUCCUGGCGAGUUUGAGGGCAUGCUGCGUCAGGUCGCCUCGUCUGGUGUAGAGGGGGAGAUGACGGUACGUUUGGGACCGAAUAUUCCUGCGAUCCUACAAGGCCACAUAUCCGCUCUGGAUCUCAUGAUGCAAGACCGGCUGCUAUACCGAUACUACGAGAAUGGGCCGCGCUGGCAGCGUUCCACAGCGCAGCUGGCAUCACUCCUACGCAUGAUGGCCGAAGUGAAUCCAGACUGUCGCAUACUUGAAGUUGGUGCGGGUACAGGAACCGCUACCAAAGCUGCCCUCGAUGCCUUGUCCUUGGGUAGCAGCGACUCACCACAGGAGGCCGGAAGUCCCGAUGAGACCUUGCUGUUUGGCACAUAUUACUUCACCGACAUCUCCCCCGGAUUCUUCGCCUCUGCCAAGCAACACUUUGGGUCAAGAGCAGAACGCAUGACCUUCAAGACACUAGACAUCGGGCGAGACCCGUCUGAUCAGGGGUUCGAAGCUGGAACCUACGACGUGGUCAUUGCCUGCCAGGUUCUCCACGCCACCGCGGACAUGAACCAGACAAUGACCAACGUGCGUCGUUUGCUGAAGCCUGGAGGUAAACUACUGCUGAUGGAGACGACCCGAGACCCCUUGGAUCUGUUCCUCGCCUUUGGCCUGCUUCCAGGCUGGUGGUUAAGCACGGAGCCCCAGCGGACAGCGUCGCCUUCGCUCAGCGUCGAGUUGUGGGACUUGGUGCUCCGUGAUAGCGGCUUCUCUGGCAUUGACCACCAUCUACGCGAUUGCGAGGAACAGGACAACUACCAUUUCAGUGUCAUCAUGUCCACGGUUCGAUGCGAGUCAAGUGCUCCACUUAACGGCACGCACAUCAAUCCGUUGCGGGUCGUUGUGCGAGAUCUAGCCUCUGUUCCGCAAGCCUGGAUAGGAGACCUGGAGCACGCCUUGACCUCCGCUAUUGGUGAGCCUCCAACCUUUUGUGACCUGGAUUCAUCACUCGAAUGGAAGGAGGCGCCAUCCGUCAUCUACAUCGAAGCGCCAGGGACGACGCUUCUUCAUUGUCCUACGAAUGCUUACUACGGCAAGCUACAAGAGCUACUGACGACAAGCCAGCAUGUUUUAUGGAUCACACACGGCGCCGCCAUGGACGUCGUAGAUCCCCACGCCUCCCUCAUCCAGGGCAUAUUUCGAAGUCUACGGUGCGAGUACUCCGCCAACACGUACAUCACUUGUGAUCUAGACCCUCACCGACCCAUGUGGACAUCAGAUUCUGCUCAUACCAUCGCGCAGGUCUACUCAUCCACAUGUGCAAGCCUGGGAGAAGGCCGCGAGGGUGUGGUGCGAGACUUUGAAUUCUGUGAGCGACAAGGCGUCAUCCACGUUCCGCGGUUUGAUCCUUUGGUGUACAGCAUACCUGGCCCACAAGCGACUGCACCGGCAACGACACAAGCAUUCACAGACGCUGAACAUCCGUGCCGAUUCGAUGUAAGGGUACCAGGUCUACUUGACACACUCGAGUUUACACCAGACGAGAGCCGCGAGCGCAUCUCCCUUCCUCCCGAAAUGGUGGAGAUUGUGCCCCGAGCAUUUGGCUUGAAUUCCCGGCACUUGUCGUUCGCGAUGGGCGACCUGCCGUGCGAGCACCUCCCUGCCCUCGAAUGCUCAGGGAUUGUGGUUCGUCUCGGUGCUACUGCAGCGCUCCAAGGCCUGCAUAUCGGAGAUCGCGUGUGCGCCAUCACUGCCGAUGGUUGGCGCUCAAAGAUCUGGACGCCCUGGACCAAUGUCGCCAAAAUCCCUGAUUUCAUGAGCUGGGAAGCGGCUGCAAGCAUCCCAGUAGCAUUCACGACGGCAUACAUCGCUUUGAUCAAGAUGRCGCGCGUGAAGAGUGGACAAACAGUGUUGAUACAUGCAGCAGCAGGAGGUCUUGGCCAAGCCGCCAUAUCGACUUGCCAAUACCUCGGAGCAGUCGUAUAUGUCACUGUCGGAACCGAGCAAAAGCGGCAAGCCAUCACCGAACGAUUCGGAAUCCCGCCCGAACACAUCUUCAACAGUCGCAAGCCGGAUUUUGCCCAUGGGGUCUUGCAAGCCACGAAUGGGAGAGGAGUCGAUGUGGUACUCAAUUCUUUGACUGGUCCGCUCCUCCAGAGUGGCCUUGACUGCCUUGCCAGAUUUGGGACGUUCGUCGAACUCGGACGCCGCGACAUCGAAAAUCACCAUCGUAUCGACUUGACCCCUUUCAGCAGGGGCAUUUCAGUCUCUGCACUAGACCUGGCCCUCAUGGCCGAGCAUCGACCCCAUGAAAUCAAGGAGGGACUUGAUUUCUGUGUGCGACUGGUGAGCGAGAAAAUCUUACCUGGCAUCCUGCCAGUCCUUGUCUUCCCGAUGGCAAGUGCCGAGCAAGGAUUCCGUCAACUCCAGACGGGUCAGCAUAUUGGCAAGAUUGUCCUGAGCGUUGAGGAAGCGAAUGGUAUGAUUCCGAUCCGGCGACCACUACUACCCGUGAGACUAUCUCCGGAUGCCUCGUACCUUGUUGUUGGUGGUACAGGGGGUAUCGGCAAAAAAGUCUGCGAAUGGCUCCUUCAGCGGGGCGCCGUGUCACUGAUUGUGCUGUCUCGCAAUCCCGUGAAAGAUGCUCAAUUCUGGGCACCAUUCUUACAAGAGAAGUGCAAUAUCCGAACGAUCGCCUGUGACGUCUCCAACAAGCGUGAGUUGAAGGCUGCCAUCGCAACUUGUACAGACUUGCCACCCAUUCGAGGCGUCGUCCACUCUGGCAUGGUUCUCCGCGAUUCCGCGUUUGAGAAUAUGAGCAAGGAAGACUACAUGGCUGCAAUCCUUCCCAAAGUUGCCGGAACCUGGAACUUGCACGAAUUAUUCCCCGUCGUCGACUUCUUCAUCAUGCUUUCAUCGGUGUUGGGAGUCCUGGGAUCACCAGGUCAAGUCAGCUAUACAGCCGGCUGCGCCUUUCAAGACUCCAUCGCUCGAUCGCGAAGGUCUCGCGGGAUGAAUGGAGUAUCCAUCGACCUCGCUUCGGUCGAGUCGGUUGGGUAUGUGGCGGAGCACAACGCUUCUGACCGAUUGAAGAAGCGUGGAGUCUUACCACAGACCGUCGACACCGUUCUCCAUCUGUUGGAAAUCGCCAUAUUGCAGGAACCCAAGGCUUUCCACCAGAUCACUUCCGGCAUCGAUGCCUCUCCUGGUGCGCAUUGGGAAGGAGAUGUACUAAGCUUUGACAAGCGUUUCUCGAUCAUUCAGAGACAUGGAUUGUCCUUGUCGACACAGUCAGAUCCGGAAGGGCUGCGGCGCUCUAUGCUGACUACUGCACAAAAGACGAGCAGCACGCUGUCCACAAGAAUCGAUGCAAGUAUGACUAGAGACCACGCGACCCAGGUGGUUCUGGAGGAGAUUAGUGUCAAACUGGAGGAGAUGUUUGGCAAAUCUCGCAUCGAUCACUCGCGGGACUUCUCCGCCAGUGGAGUCGACUCACUUGUAGCGAUUGAACUCCGGAACUGGCUGGGAAGACAGACGGGUCUUGCUGUGACGGUUAUGGACUUGAUGCAGGCAUCUUCCAUCCAUGACUUUGCCUCGGAGAUGGCUGUUCGGCUGGGUUGCGCUUUUUCUUCUCCUGACUCCGCAUGA